AUGAAUGAAAUCGAAGAAGAAUAUACUACAAGAAGAUUCAAGAUGACGCAUGUGAUAGAAAGUAUGAAGGAGAUGGAAGUGGGGGAUACUCAUCAUGGAGAGAUGGAGAACCAUUUUGGAGUUGAUUGGACCACCUAUAUGCAUAGAGACGAGUCUAACCUACACAUCGGUCUAAAAUGUCACGCUCCCCACGAAUCCAAGUCGCCAUGGUCUAUGAUCACAAACAUCUCUCUGAAAUCCAACCAGGUCCUUGGUUUCUCUUUUUUUGAGUUGGAUCAUUGUUUUCAUACUGAAAACUAUCAGAAAUCCGAAAACUUUGAUGAUCUCAAGAGAUAUUGGGAGAUAUGCAAGGAGAAACCGCUGAAAUUCAAUUUUUUCGUAGAGGUCACUGAUGUUAGUGGGGUUCCAGGAUAUGAUGAGCCCAUGGUAACGCUGAUAGUCAAUAAGCAGAAAAUACAAGUGGCGAGGAAGACUCUUGUCAGAGAAUCUCUCCAUUUCCGUCAAUUACUGGUAAGGAAACCGCCUGGAAGUUGUGAGAUUCCGGUCGGGCGCCCUUUUUAUAAUUUGCAACUACUUUUACCAGUUCUGGAGGAAACCUCGGUUAUAAAUGAUAAAACGGUCCUUCGAAUUUUGCAAACAGCAUACAAAUUCAUGUUCCCUGUAGUUGUGAAGCGGUGCGAGUAUUUUUUGAUGGAGCGCUCUCGGAAGUGUGCAGAAAUAUUGAAGGGGAUCGCAGAGAGAUAUGGUUUGGAGAAGUUGAAGCUGCAUCUCCUCGACUGGGAAGACUAUGACAAUAUGGCCUACCUAACUUGUGACAUCUGCAAAAAGAUAUUCCCUGAAAUACCGGAUACCCUGGACUGUGGUCACUCAUUUUGCCGUCCGUGUAUUCUAAACAGUAAGAGAGAACGGGAGAUGAAGGGGCAGAAUCUCAUCUGUGCCAGAUGUGGAGCAGUGGAUGUGUCUGGACAAGUUAUGCCGAAUUUCGCGGUGGCUAAUAUACUGUACAUGAUGAAAGAAGGGGAAUCUGUAAUGGCAGAAAAGAAGAAGAAAAAGAAGAAGAAAAGAUUUUAUGGUUUAAAAAAACAGAAAUCAUUAGAUGAAAUUUAA